AUGUCUGUUAGGUGGCCUACGUGGGCUCUUGACGGCACCGACGGAUUUUUGUCUGCGAAUUGUGUCCAAUCAUUGUUGAAGACUUGGGGCAGCGGGAUAGCCUCUCGUGUGUUCUUGGUGGCGUCAGUUACCUUGUUGUUGUUGGCGGUUGUGCUCUGGUCUGCUUCCCGUAUAUGUGGCAAAGGUAGUAACCCUGAAUGGAACGAAAGCUUUGUCUUCACCGUGUCAGACCAAGCUACGGAGCUGGUGAUUAAGCUUAUGGACAGCGACUCGGGCACAUCGGACGACUUCGUUGGUGAAGCAACGAUUCCUUUGGAAGCAGUUUAUACGGAAGGGAGCAUUCCACCAACAGUUUAUAAUGUUGUGAAAGGUGAACACUACUGCGGAGAAAUCAAAGUUGGUCUCACAUUCACUCCCGAGCGGGUGGUACCACCCACUGUCUGGUUGGGUACCAGGAGGUACCAGGACUUCUACAAGCAUAUGUUAGCUCUUUCGAAGAGCAGGUUCUUAGGUUCUGAUAUCCAUGAUCCAAUUGAUGCAGACAAUGAUAUCUUCCUACCUUGUAGGAUGGUCGCCAGCGCGGUCUCCCCGAAGACUUUGGUGGCUGGAAACAAUCGCAUUGAGCAGACUCGGAAGAACAAGGAUGCUCGUCAAGCCUUGAGGCCUUGA